AUGAUAGGUGUACAAGAUCUUGAAAUUUACUUUUCGAUGCUUGCAGUAAUUUUAAUGUUUUACAUGCGUGCUCACAAAGCUACGAUGUCCCGGUACAGAGCCCAGGUCCCACUUCUGUGA